AUGAGGGAUCAUACCAGACUCGAGCACGGGAGGAUGAGGGAACAGCUCCCGGAGUCAGCCUACAUGCACCAGCUUCUGGGCUUCAAUAUGCUCUUCCUGCAGUCCCAGAAGCGAGUGGCCAAGCUCCACACCGAGCUGGAGCGCCUGCCUGCUAAGGACAUCCAGACCAACGUCUACAUCAAACACCCUGUGUCCUUGGAGCAGUACCUGAUGGAAGGAAGCUACAAUAAGGUGUUCCUGGCCAAGGGAAACAUCCCUGCUGAGAGCUACACAUUCUUCAUUGACACGAUAAGGGAUGAGAUUGCCGGCUGCGUUGAGAAGGCCUAUGAAAAGAUCCUGUUUGUAAAAGCCACUCAGAUCCUUUUCUUCACUGCCCCAAAGAAGAUGACUGAGUACACCAAGAAGAGAGGAUGGGUCCUGGGCCCCAGCAAUUACUACAGCUUCAAGUGUCAGCAGCAGAAGCCCGAGGACACAACCAUCCGCUCCACAGAGCUGGCAAAGCAAGUCAUCAAGUAUGCCAGGCAGCUGGAGGUGAUUGUCUGA